CAAACACAAAAUAUCAAUUUAUUAAAUUUAUUUUAUUAUAAACGUUUCUCUAGCAUUCUAUAAUAUGGAUCCUUCAAAAAGAAUACCACCACGUGCAAAAGUUACAUUUGAAAGUGCAACAAAUGUAAACCCUAAAGAGCCUCAGUCAAAAAUUCCAAAACGAUUACCAUCUAGAAGUUUAUCUUUAUCAAGAAUAUCAGAUGUAAGAGGUCAUUCGUCUUUGGAGCCCUCUUCACAAAUGAUUCGAUCGAAAACUACACUAACUACAACACCUCUCAUGAAGAACAAAUCGGUGAAUCCACAGCAAUUAUUUCCUCCGCCACCAUUUUCUGAUUGUCAUGACCGAUUAUUGCCAUCACCAACAAGCUCUAGAAAACAAUCAAGACAAGUGAGUGGAUCAGCAGUAAAGACUAACGCACAACGCUCUAAAGAUGUUGAUACUCGACCAUUCGAUGAUAAAAAAUGGCAACAAUCCCAAUCACAAAAGAUUCAACAGUAUUUACAACGCAACGAAUGGAAAAAUGCUGAUGGAUAUUCAUUACGACCUUUAUCCAUAAACACCUUCAUUGAAAUAUGUAAUUUAUUAUUUACAAAAUUGGAUACAAAAUUGGUAAUAACGAAAGAAAAUUAUGUAGAAGAAUUACCAUUUAUUCUACGUUCAUUGGGCUAUCCGUCUUCUCAAAACCUUAAAAAAUCAUUAAUGAAAGCAGUAAAUAUUCCGAGAAAUUGGCCAAUGGCUGUUGGUAUAUUGAGUUGGAUUGUAGAACUAGUUGAAGGAUUUGAAUCCUUUGAUUAUGAAUCACAUAUUCCAAACAAACAGAAAAUUAUGGCGAAUGCUCUUUUUGACUCAUAUCAAAUAUUAACUAAAAAUCCUGAUGGCGAGGUCGAAAUACCUAUAAAUCAUACUUUCGAUCAGUUGGUUAAAUGUGAAAAUCUAACCGAUGAUGAUUUUAAUAAUGUGAAGAAACAAAUUGAAGAAAUAGAAAGAAAAUUGGAAAAUGUAGUCCAUGAGGAACAUAAAUUAUUGGAGACCCAAAAUGAUUAUGAAAAUAAGAAGCGUCACAUCAGUACGAUGGAACAAAAAGUUUUAGAAAAGGAGAAUUUAAAACAGAAAAAAAUAAGCCAAAUUAAACAGCUCAAAACAGAUUUGAAUGAAAAUGAAUAUAUUUUAAAUAAUUUGUUCAAAGAAAAAGAAAGUUUAUUAAAAACUAUUAAAAGUCAAGGUGUGGAUAAAGAAGAAUACUUAGCAACAUUAAAUAAUUGCGAAGAGCUAGAACAAGAUAUUGCAAGUUUAAAUAAACUCAUAGAAAAUUUAAGAGAAUGUACAUAUGUGGAAGAAAUGAAAAUGAAACGAAAAUAUGAACGGGUUGUACGAUUAAGCGAGGAGUUCAAUAAGAAAUGUUUAUCAAAUAUUACAGAAUUAAAUUCGUUUGCAGUUUACAACGUUACUUUGACGAAUCCAAACACUCACCACGUUUUAUUAGACUUAAAAAACAAACUGAUGAAAACUUGGGAAGAACAAUUACAGGAAAGUGAAAAAUUAGAUUUAGAGGCAACUGAAAUUGCUGAAUUAAAUAAAAAAAUGGAGCAAUUAAAAAUUAUCGACAGUCAAGAAAUACCAAAACUUAAACAUGAAAAUGAAUUAUUGCGGGAAAAAAUUGAUAAAGCUAAAAAUAUGAUUCAAAAUUAUCAAAUUGAAACUGAAAGACAUAUAAAACAAUAUAAAGAGUGUGAAUCAAAAAUAGUUGAAGUGGAGAAUCUACAAAAGAAAAUGAUUUCAGAAUCGGAAAAAUUAUUUAAAAAAAUGGAGGAAGAGUAUUUUGCAUAUGGAUAUUCGGUUGUGGCACACCUAGAAGAAAUAUAUGGUAAAUUGGAUGCGAGCGUCAAGAUGAUGAAAGAAGCUCUAGGUGAAAAAUAAUUUCCUAAAAGCCAGUUAAUCAAGGUUUUAUCAUCAUUAAUACACACUUUCAAAUAAUUUAUGCUUUUCCGUAAAACGGACUCGAAUUACAAUAAGAAAGUCUUGCUUCUGAUGUUACAGUGUUGACAAUCCUGUUAUUUGAAAUAAAAUUCAUGAAAGCAAUGGAAAAUAACAACAAAAAUACAGAUAAGAAAUAUAAUUAUUCCAAGUAGUCAAAAUAUUAAAAUGUUUGAAUGCUUUUUCCAUAUUUUAUAACUUUAUUCAAAAUGCAAAACGUCGUAUGUUAAACUAUGCUUUUAAAGAAGCUACGCAGGAGGUACUUUUUCGUGGUAGUUUCGUUUAGGUCUCUGCGUAUAGGUCCGUGAACUAUAUUGGCUUAAUGAAGCACCCAACCUCAAUCUUGAAAGCAUAAAUAAUGUAGGAAAAUCAAUGAUAAAUAUAUUGCGAUAAAUAGUGAAAGUAUAUCGGAUAGUGGUCCAAUUAAUUUAUCAAAGUCUUUGCCUGUCGUAGGACCGAGAAAAAUUUGCCGUUUUGGAAUACCGCAUCUACAUUUGGAUAAAAUUUGUAUUUUAACACCACUAACGGAUAAUGAAAAGAACCAGAUACACUGGCACUAACUAUAAUAGAAUUUGGAUGCUGUAGAGUUAAGGGAGAGAAAAAAUGAAAUUUGAACCUUAGGGUAAUUUCUUGAGCAAAUUAAACUCUCACGAAAUUCAUAUUUGUUAGCUCUUAGGUCAAAUUGAUAUUGGAUAUACAGAUAGUCCUUCUUUUUUAAGUUGGCAUAUGCUUAAAACUCGAUAAAUAAAUUUAAUGGAGGAAAAUGCUUCAAACGAAAAAUAUUAAUUUCAAACGUACA